AUGACUUUUCCACAACUAUUUUCUCACAUCGAUGGCAUUGAAGCAAUACUAAUACGUGAUAAGGAUGGUGUACCUGUACUGAAACUACCGACCAAUGAAGCUGUCGAUCAACUGGAUUUGCAAACGCUGAUUCCAUCAGCACACAUCUUACAAGAUCAAAGUUCACGAAUGAAUUUGAAACAACUGAAAACUGUUGUGACAUACUGGUCAGCUCGUCAAAUAAUCACUUACAAUGUUCCGCCGUUAGUAAUUAUCGUUGCAGCCGAUACGAAUCCUGUAUCAAUAUCAACAUUAAAUCCAACAACGCUACCAACAGUUGUACACCAAGAUGGGCAAUUUUACUAUGCAGAAGGAGAUAUUUAUGAUGAUCAAGAUGGGCUGAGUGAUGAUUCAGCUGCAUCAGCCGUUUCCGAUCCAAAUUUAUAUAAUUUAACAACAAGCGGAAACAAUGAAGGACAUAGCGAUCAAGUUGAAGACGGACAUUCCUAUGCAGAUGAUGAUGAUGAUGGUGAUGACACGGAUGAACUUGUCUAUGGAAAUUCCAUGUCCGUUCAUCGUUCUGGAUCGAAAAAUGCUGUAACCGAUCUAAACAAAGAUAAAAUCAUUGUAAAUCCGUCAACAAUACGACCAUCUUUCAUCUCAUCCGAUGUAUGGCAAGAACUAUUCAAUAAGCCAGCUAUCGUUGUCGGUGUCGUCGGUGGGAUCGUCAUCGGAAUGCUAUCCGCUAUUCUUUUAAUUAUGUUCAUUGUUUAUCGAAUGCGAAAGAAAGACGAAGGUUCAUAUGCUCUAGAAGAAGGACCAAGAAAAUCACCGUCACAUGCAUAUACACGCGUAUCAUCAAGAGAAUUUUUUGCUUAA